AUGCCAUAUUACUCUGAAGGAGAAGGAAGGCGACCGCGGUGGAAGUUCUGGCGAAGCAAAAGCGGCGAGACAUCUCAAGCUAGCUCAACGGCGAAACAGAGCAGCAGUCGAAGUGAUGACAGUUACCGAGCUGGAUCUUCAAGGAGACUCCAUGGCCAGACUUUUGAGAAUGCCAGCCUGCCAGGCCAGAUCAUUGAAAGUGGCUCGGAUGCUUCCAGCGAGCCCAAGGAGUCCAUCGCUUCCCCCGCCUCGCCGAGCCUCAACCCAAGAUCACUCAGCAACGCGUCAAUAGCGCCGGUCGAGCACACCAAGUCAACAUCCACAUCAACCUCCAGUCCGGUCGUCAAGCGCGACACAUAUACUGACCCUGUCACGGGCGAGCUUACUAUUACUAUGACCACCACAACUAUCACCACAACGACGACGACUCGGAUCAUCAAAAUUCCACCAGCUACCAAUGAUGAGGUCGACCUGGACGAGGAGCGGCGAUUAGCAGCCGAAUAUCUUGAGUCGAAUGGCCUGAACAGCCCACGGGUCCGUCCUGGGUUGCAACCCGCGCCUAGGCGGGCGGGCAGCCAUUCCAAUCUGAUUAGCCGCGCUACCGAACAAUCUUUCGGCCCGAGACCGACAGCUGAUCGGACGUACUCCUUGGGAUCGCGUACGGGACCUCCGCCGAGUUUCAGUGCUGCGCGGAAUUUCUCGCGUCCGGGGCUGAAGCAUACGAGCACGGAGUCGCAGUCUCGUCUUAGUCUGGAUGCUCGGCGAGGGUUGAAGCGAGCGGAAUUGUUGAGGUCCAAAUCAUUGAUAUUGAAAAAGCCGGAGCAAAAGCCAGCUGACCCACCUCAACACACCAUGCCGGAUUUUGGGUACUUACGGAAUCAGUCGCAACCCAUGAGCACCACGGCCAAUGACAAUUCACACGCACGGCCUCAUACGAGGGGUGGCGGCGAGGUAUGGUCCGGGAGUCGACCUCAUAUAACAUUCCACAAGCCACGGCCCCCAUACCCGCCAUCGCCACCCGCCGAAGAGAUGGAAAUCAGUCCGAGGCGUGGUAGCUGGGGCACUUUUGGCGGACAGGGUGCGAAGAAACAUCAGCAGAUAACCAAUAACUUUAUCCUGGGGAUACCUAACACUGGAAGCCAGUUGGGAAAUAUGUUUUGA